CGGAUCUGACCCGUUAAAAAUGCUCUGUCAACAAGGGAAAAAAUAAACGGAUGAGCUGAUGAGCCCAUAGCCUUGCCUAGCUAGUGCCUCUUGCUCCCCUCUCUCUCUCAGUUCUCCAUUGAAGCGCACUUAACAUCGCACUCACGUUCUCCAUCGAAUACUUGUAUCCUCCAUUGAAGCAGCUUCCGAGUGCAGUAAUUUAAUUCGGAUUGGUGGACAAAAUCGUUAAUCGAACUAACUAAUUGACAGGCCGCAAUAAUGGGGAGUGAUCGAAAAUCCAAGGAUAAAACUAGAAAAAGAAGUGCAGAUUCUCGUUCCGAAGAUGAAGGUCAUGGCAAACGGCACAAAAAAUCAGAUGAUUAUGACAAAGGUAGCAAGAAAAGAGACAAAUCCCGUCAUAGCAAUUCUGACAGGCAUUCUAAACGUCAUUCUGGAAAAGAAAAGAAGUCAGACAAAAAGCACAAAACUGAAGGUUCUAAAUCCAGCCAGCAUCCAAUAUCUGAUUUCAAAGAAAUUACAAAUGAUGACUACUACUCCAAGAACAACGAAUUUGCUACAUGGCUGAAGGAGGAGAAAUGGAAGUUCUUUUCAGAUCUUUCCUCUGAACAAACACGAGAAUUGUUCUCCGAAUUUGUAGAGGUCUGGAACUCUAAACAACUGGAAUCUAAGUACUACAGCGGCAUAAACACAGCACCUCGGUCAUCACACAAGUGGAAAAUAAAGUAGUAAAGAGUAUCCUAUUACUCACCAUGUAGAUUCUCGCAGUUCGUUUUCGGCUCAUUCCUAGACCAGGUUUUGGUAUCAUAUGUUUUGGAGAUGUCUGAAUAGGUGAUGUGCUAUGUUAUUGGAUGCAAAUUAAUGCUUAGUUAAAUAGAUUACCCGUUGGAAAA